GAUUCCUCCACCAUUCCUCGCUAAAUCUCAACUCUCGUUUUGCAGCCUUACCUUUUAGCCACCGAAAACUACCGACACUCAAUCCCUGCUCCGACUCUGCACCAGAUUUUACCGACGUCAAGCGGAAGAAGAAGAAGAAGAAGAAGAAGAAGAAUGUUGGUCCGGACCGGAUCUCCGACUUUCCUGAAUUCAACAUUCAUCAGAUCAUGUCUCACCUUUCCACAACACAUGUAGUUCAAACUAGUGUUUUGUCCAAAACAUGGUACCGUUUCCAGAAAGAUUAUCCUGUCUUGGAUUUUUAUCUGCUUCACCAUCAUUCUGUGGAAAAUUUCAGACAUCAUGUUUAUAAAUCUCCGUCUCACUUUAACCAGGCAAAUAUAUUGUUGGAACCAGUUUGUUUUCCCCUAUGGCCUGAGGAACUCUUUCCUCAUCUUGAUAGUUGGAUAAAUUUAGCCCUAGAAAAUGGCUUGAGAAAGUUACAGUUAGACUUUGACCUCAUUUUGCGUAUAACCACACGAUAUACUCUGCAUCAAUCUCCAUUUUCGUCUUCAAAAUCGUUAAGCAUUCUGAAAUUGAGUAAAUGUAUGCUGAACCAGCUUUAUCUGUGUUCAACUCUCUUAGAAAGCUGGAUUUAGUGCGUUGUGUUAUAAAUUGUCCCAUUAUGUUGGAGCAGAAUGAUGGCCCUUUGCUUGAAGAUUUAUAUCUCAUUGAAUGUUCUGGUUUCGAGUUAUCUGUCCACUUAUCGAAUCUGCUUCGACUUCACACUGUAGAAGUUAGAGUACAUGUCCGUCAUGGAGGUGUUGGGUUUUUUAUUGCAUCUCAAAGUAUACAGAAUUUGACUAUUAGAGCUCAUCCCGUUAGAACUGGAUCAAACCUCGAUAUUGUUGGUUGUGAUCGCUUGAAAUCCUUUCAUUUUCAAUCUGCUGAAAUUACAGACGAAGAGUUUUGUUACCUUCUUUUCAAAACUUCCACUCCUUGAGGGGCUGUCUCUUUUUACUUGUGGUUCACUUAAAAGGAUAAAGAUUUCAAGUCCACAAAUCAAGACUCUAGAGGUUUGCGGGAUAUAUGAACCCAAGAGCAUAGAGAUUGUAACACCAAGUCUGAAAAACUGUCUUUAUGUCUAUAAGAUUAUGUUGGAAGAUUAAGGUGGCAGAUUGUUGUCUUGGUCUGGAAACUUUGGUGUUGUUUAACUCAGAGAUCUUAGAGAUGGAUUUUCAUGGCCUUAUUUCCACAUUUCCACUUCUUGAGAAUCUCUGGAUCAUUGGAUGUCAUAGGUUGAAAUUGAUAAGGAUUCAUAAUCUUCAACUUAAUAGACUGCAUAUUGUUCA